UAUUUAUCUUACAAAAAAGUAAUGAAUUUCUUAUAAAAUUAUCUUACAAUAUAAUCCCAAAAUAAUGAGUUCCACACCAAAAUGGUAUUGUCGCAAUAAAUCUCAACCGAUGCACACAUUUGUCGAAUUGUGCAAAUUGGGUGAUGAGCUGAGACGUAUAACGAAAAGAUUGAUAAUUGAUGUUAAAGUGGAUAUUUUCAAUGAACAUGAUACUUUAUUAGAAGAAUGUGAACGCAUUGUGGAGCUGUAUUGGAGUUUAAAAGAUCAAUCUUCUAAUAAAGAUUUUCAAUCUUUAUCGAAGAAAAUCAAACGUAGUCCUUAUAAUGCUUUGCUAAUGAAAAAAUUCAAUUCUAUAAUGGAGCUAAAUGACAGAAGAUUUUGUCAAUUGACUUUUGUGCUAAAGAGAACGUUAAGUUUUCUUUUGAAGAAAUCUAUGCAAUCGGAAAUUUGGUUAAAUUGGGCUUUACAAAUAACUCAACUUUAUAAUAAAUGUCGUCAACCGUUGGAGAUCUGCGAUGAUGGCGAAACUAAGAAAUCUUUGGAUGAAGUUUUAAAUUCAAAUAUUUGCAGCAAUAUGUAUCCGGCUCUGCUAUUGCCCUAUAAAUCUAUUGACUUCGCUUAUGUUUUACAGCUAGCUGCUCAACAACGCAUCGAACAAAACGCUCUCGAUCUCAUGUUUGGACUUUUUAAUAUGGGCGAACAGGAGGCGUGGCGUGAAAAUAACGAAUCAAAUUGUUCCAGUAUAGAAAUAUUACGUAUUUUAACUUUAAAUCUAACAACCGAUGGAGAUUUUCAACAAUAUAUAAAUGAAAGUCCAAGAGAUUACUCGGCACUCAAUUUGGAUGCUGAAAUGGCCAGAAAUAAUAAUACAAAACGUGGCAGUACGGUGAUUUUGCGCAGCAAACAUAUUGAAAUGUUUCUGCAAAAUGAGAGAAGUUUUGUGGCUCAAUUCAUUGAAAGGGCCUUUGAUAUAUGCCCCACAAUAUUUGGUAAGUAAAUGGACCAAGGCAAAGAAUUCCAAGAGGAUUUGCAUGAAUUCGUUUUACGUGGCAUGCGUUUAAUGUGGUCCUAUGUGGGCAUUAUACUGGAUCAUAUUAUACUAUGGUGGAUUGAUACUCCGAUAUCUUGUUUUUCUUUAACAUAUGUGGAUUCUAUACGCAAUUGGCUAUUUAUGCAAAAUGUUAAAGAUAUCCCCGAACCAGUUUAUUCGACCUUACAAGGCAUUGGUGAAAUAUUAACCAAUUUCGUGUGUUCUAAUUUGUGGGAUCGUUUGUUUCGUCUGACUUUAAUAUCGGCCAUGGCACAAGCUGAAACAAUGGAGCAAUUUAUGGAACAAAAUAUGGUAGCAACAAAUAAUCAAUUUGGUACACCAACCGGUACUGUUUGGAUUUCCAUUUUUAACAAUUUAAUAAAUUUAAGCAAUAGUUAUUUUCAUAACGCGGACAUUAGCAAUUCGAGCUUGGUACCAGUGGCCGAACAAAUCCCCAUACUACAUAGAAUAGAUCAUUCAGUUCAUAGCAUGCGUUUGUGGGUUAAAGAAGAAGCGAAACAAUUGUGUAAUGAAUGGAAAAUGAAUCGUUUCUUUCAGAUUUUAGAAAGUGAUGUUAAAUUGUGUCUGAAUGCAUUUCUAAAUUUUAAACUGCCAAAAUUAACUGCCGAUUUAACAGAUAUUUUAAUGUUGGUUUGUGUUGCCCUUAGAACGAAAUUGAUUUGUGAAAUUAAUGUUAACAUAGAUAAGUUAAAGAAAACCACUGAUGAGUGUGUUCAAGUUCUCUCCGAUGUUUGCCGUCUCGUAAGCAUGGCCAAUUUUACUCUUUGCUUCCCUUCUGCCUCGUACUGGCAAAAGAAUUCGUUUGAUAAUGAAAAAUCUAGUGAAUAUGUUGGCUAUAUACUAGAUCAAAUAUAUUUACCCUGCAUUAAGGCCACCAAAGAUGUGGUCAUUUUAAAGUUAAUUUUGAAAAUCAUUUGCGAAGCUUGGCUGGACUUUAUCUAUCAACGUCACAUACGUUUUAGUGUAAAUGGAGCUGUACGUCUGCUUAAUGAUUUCGAUGAUGUACGAGAAUGGAUAUUGAGUUGUCCUCUAUUGGAACAGCAUCAUUUGGAUAAGUUGAGUAAUCAUGAGGUGUUGAGAAUGUGUAAGGGUGUGGGUAAGAUAUUGUUGCGUAAACCCGAAGAUGUUAUAUCGAUUACACAAACACCGAAGUAUGAUAAAAAAACGGGUGAGUGUGCUCCCCAGGAGACUCAACUACCAUCGGAAAUGUUUGUGUCCAAUCAAAAACAUUGGCUUCAGUUACGUGCCAACAAAUCAACAUUUUUCUUUUUUCCUUUAUGUUGUGGUGAUACAAAUUAAGUUGUUGCAGCAUGGAAAUUGUGGUUCUAGUAAAGUUGAGCUUUGGGUGUUACACACUUUAAUUUAAUUUGGUUUUAAACUUUUGAGUAUAAUUUUAUAAAUUUAAAAUUUCAAGUAUUACAUCGUUUUCUGUCGUAUUUCUGAAAUUCGGGUUCUUUUUAUUACACCCUGCCUAAUAAGUAUGUCCGUAUGUUUAUAGGAAUCAAUUUUCUGCAGGCCAAAGAUCUGUAUUGGAUCCGAGAGAUCAAUACUACAUCUCAUCAUCAUAGUCAAAUAAGUGAGCUCAGUAUGACAGUUCGUUUGACAUUUAACCUUUUUGUAAGUUCUUUGGACUUAAAAAACCUUUUCUAGGUAUUUCUUUUCUCAUAGCGAAUCACAAUUUGGUGAUAGAACAUCGGGUCCAUCGAUGACCGAUUUUUAAGAUAACUUUCUAGCGUGGUUCAAACGUCAAUCUAUUCAUGAUGAUUUCACAGAGUAUACUGAUCAUAAAUGCCAAAAAAGUGACACAGUAAGAGGCCAAUUGACAAACCACAACUUGACGAUAAGACAGAGAUAACCGAUUUUUUAGAUAACUUUGAGCGUUGUUAAAACAUCAAUCUAUUCGUGAUGAUUUCACAGAGUAUACUGUUCAUCAAUGUUCUGCCGGGGGCAUGUUAUCUUGGUGAAAUCUCCACCUUGGUGUUAUUGCAAUAUCUUGGGGAAAAGAGGUGCUAUCAAUACUUCUAGU